ACCAAAUGAGCAAUCCCACAGAGACCAGAAAAAUGUACGGCCUGCAAGAUUUCUUCUCCCACCCUGAUCUGCAAUUCGCUUCUCUUCUCCUCUUCCUCUUCCUCCUCAUCUCCGCCAAAUUCAUCCUCUCUACAGACACACUAACCAAGAACAAGAAGAAGAAAUCGAACUUGCCCCCUUCGCCAUGGAAGCUCCCUGUCUUGGGGAACCUCCACCAAUUAGGCACCCACCUCCACCGCACCCUCCAAUCCCUCUCGCAGACCCACGGCCCAGUCUUCCUCCUCCAUCUCGGGUCCGCCCCGACCCUGAUCGUCUCCUCGCCCGAAUCCGCCAAAGAGAUCAUGAAAACCCACGACCUGGCCUUCUCCAACCGCCCUCACUCCGCCAUCUCCAAUCGCCUGCUCUACAACUACAGGGACCUCUCCCAGGCCCCCUACGGCGACUACUGGCGCCAGAUGAGGAGCAUCUGCGUCAUGCGACUUCUCAGCGCCAAGCGCGUCGAGUCCUUCCGCUGGAUCCGCGAGCAAGAGGCGGCGCUCCUCGUCGACCGAAUCGAGGAGCACGCCGUUUCCGCUGCGGGCGCGCCGCUGAAUUUGGGGGAACUGAUUUCGAGGAUUACGAACGACAUCGUUUGCAGGGUGGCGUUGGGGAGGAAGUACGGGGAAGCUGCAGGGGAUGGGGAGAAAGGGAAAGGGAAGAAUUUCAAGCUGCUUCUCGAGGAGUUCGGGGCUGCUUUGGGGGCGGUGAACGUGGCGGAUUUCAUUCCUUGGUUGGGUUGGAUCAACCGGUUCAACGGGUUGAACCGAAAGGUCGAGAAGGUUUUUCGAGAGUUCGAUGAAUUUCUCGACCAAGUUCUGGAGGACCAUAGGUUAACGUCGGUGAUAAAAGAAAAGAGCGAGGAGGAGUGGGAGGAGAAGGAGAAGGAUCUCGUCGAUGUUCUUCUUCAGUUUCAGAGAGAGACUCCUGGUUUCGCUGUCGAUCGCGACACUAUCAAAGCCAUCGUCCUGGAUAUGUUUGCGGCAGGAUCGGACACGACAUAUACGGCAUUAGAAUGGGCUAUGACGGAGAUACUAAGACACCCGAGGGUGAUGAGAAAGUUGCAAAAAGAGAUCCGAGCAAUUGUCGGGGAAAAGAGGUACGUGAAGGAGGGGGAGAUAAAGCAAAUGGACUACUUGAAAGCAGUGAUUAAAGAGUCAUUUAGAUUGCAUCCACCAGUCCCACUCUUAGUGCCAAGGGAAUCGAACCGACAUGUGAAAGUACAAGGGUACGACGUUGUCGAGAAGACAAGAGUGAUCGUAAAUGCGUGGGCGAUUGGGAGGGAUCCGAAGAGGUGGCAAGAUGCCGAGGAGUUUCUGCCGGAGCGAUUCUUGAACAACAAGAUAGAUUUCAAGGGACAGGAUUUCGAGCUGAUACCGUUCGGGGCAGGGAGGAGAGGGUGCCCCGGGACUAGUUUUGCAACUACUUCGUUGGAGAUAACGCUGGUCAGCAUGUUGCACAGGUUCGAUUGGUUGAUGCCCGCCGGGGAGGGUGGUUUGGAUGCUGAUGAAGCUCCGGGGCUAACGGUCCAUCGAAAGACGCCUCUACUAGUUGUUCCGACUUUAUACUCCCUGUAGUACGUAGUGGGAUUAUUAGAGUGGUAAUCAGAUUAGUCAAAUAUGUUUUUUUUUUGCUGCAAAAAAUGUUAAAUGCUAGCCUGCUUUUCUAGUCAGGUGGUCUUGGUCUUUUUUUUGCCGUAGAAUUAGCAGUUGGACUUGGUCUCAUCGCACUGGUAUAUCUAUUUUGCUAGAGUACUACAAAGAAUACAAAAUUAAUGUUGC